AUGCAUUCAAAGUGAGAAUUUCAUCCAACAGAAUGUCUUAUGAUUCCAAUUCAUCUCACAUUUGAUCCCGAACUUCAUUAAUUUUCAACACCUUUAUUGCUUCGUCACCACUAAAUAUAAUAAUUAAAAAAUUUCAUACCCGCAUAUACUCGUGGCUUAUUGUCAAAAUGACGGGGCACAAAAAGUCGUAUAAGAAAAACACACUCGUGGAUAAUAGCCCAAUGAAAAGUUCUAUCCAAUAUCUCUAACUUAAGUCAGCUCGCGAGGCUCUUGUUACUGCCUAAGCGAAUCACUGCGGAUUACCAGCCCAGCCCAAACUAACUGUCCAGCAUUCACAAUCGCCGACUAGCUAGUAGCUGAAGUGACCGCCUUUGUUCUCUAUCUGUGAUGUGAGUGUUGCUUCCUUUGUCGUUAACCUGUUUGAUAAAAUGCCUCAAUGAAGAAAACUUUGCUGCUAACUCUUAGUGUGUGUACUCUGAAUCUCUUUUGUUGAUUUUGGGUAGAUUUUGCCUAGCUUAGAUUAGUGGCUGAUAGAAGUUCAGUUAACUUGGUAAGAUUAUAUGUUUUUGGUCCAUUCAAUGUAGGAUUUCCAUUCCAUUCAACAGAAGAAAAAGAUGCUAUCUGUUAGGAAAUUGAGGCAUGGAAUCUUUCUAACUCAUCCUAGAGUCUUAGUGUCCAUGCUUGUGAAUGCUGGACAUAAUAAUAUUACCAGGAUUUCCAGGCACCAGCUGCACAUGUCUUCAUAUUAUAAGCCUGUUAGUGAGUUUGGUAUUUCCUGUUUGACUAAAUUACAGUCGUCAACUGAUGUUUUUGGACCGUGCAAUGGGUUAAAUCAUCAUGUACGUUCUUUAUCAGCUUUGGCUGGAACUAUCUUAGUGCAGGCUCGAGACCCAGCCAAGAUAAGUGCCGAGAUAGAAGUUGCUAUUGAUGAGCAUCGGUUGGUUGAUGCUUGGAAGUUGCUUGAGCAGCAUAUGCAAAUGGAAGGGUUUCCUCGAAAAUUUAUUGUAAAUAAACUGUUGUCAGCUUUUGCGGAAAGCGCUGAAGUUCAGUGGCUUGAGAAUGCUUAUGGCUUGGUGGAACAGGCUGUCGAAGAAAGUAAACAAAAUUUAUUGGAAAAGGAGACUCUAAUUUAUCUCUCGUUUAGUCUUGCUAAAUGUGGUUUACCGGUUCCUGCAUCAACUAUUUUAAGAAAAUUGAUAGAAAUGGAACAGUAUCCUCCUGUGACUGCAUGGUCUGCAAUCUUGGCUCAUAUGUCACAAACAGCUUCUGGAGCUUACCUUGCUGCUGAGUUGAUCCUUGAGAUUGGAUACUUGUUUCAAGAUGGCAGAGUGGAUCCACGUAAAAAGAGUAAUGCACCGUUGAUUGCUAUGAAACCUAAUACUACUUCAGUGAAUAUUGCUUUAGCUGGAUGUCUUUUGUUUAGCAUGACAAGGAAGGCUGAGCAGCUCCUUGAUAUGGUGCCUCGCAUUGCUAUCAAAGUGAAUGCAACUUUAUUGAUUACAAUGGGACAUAUAUACGAGAGGAAUGGGAGAAGAGAAGAGUUGAAGAAACUUCAGAGACAUGUUGAUGAAGCCCAUGAUUUAUCUGAUAUUCAGUUUCGGCAGUUCUAUAACUGCCUAUUAACAUGCCAUUUGAAAUUUGGGGAUCUUGAUUCUGCUUCUGAAAUGAUCUUGCGAAUGCUUCAGAAAGCAAAAGACGCAAGGAAUUCUCUCGCAGCAGCCAAUCUCCUCUUUCAAGCAGAAUGCAAAUCUUCUCAUGGACAGGUUUCUGAAAAUAGUUUGAACCAUAGUGAAAAAGACGGUUCAGAUAAAACUAGAUCACAUAAGUCUGUGAUUGCAUAUGAGGAGUUCUCGAAAGACCGGAACUUCUUGAAACUUGACGCAGAGGCAAAAGAAGUACUUGAUGUUUUGCUAGCAAAGUUGCAGACGCAGGUUGAAUUGAUCACCACUAAUAGAGGUAUACUUCAGCCGACUGAAAAAAUUUAUGUGAAGCUGGUAAAGGCUUUUCUAGAAGCUGGCAAGACCAAGGAAUUAGCUGCCUUUCUUAACAAGGCAGAGAAAGAAGAUUCCCCUUCUUCUAACGAUGAUUCAGCGUUGGUUCAUGUCAUUAAUUCAUGCAUCUCACUUAAUUGGCUUGAUCAAGCACAUGACCUUCUUGAUGAGAUGCGUUUGUUGGGAGUGAGAGUGUGUUCUUCCGUAUAUGCCUCCCUUUUAAAAGCAUAUUGUAAAGCUGAUCGAGCAGGAGAGGUUUCUGCACUGCUACGAGAUGCUCGCAAAGCAGGGAUCCAACUAGACUCAAGCUGUUACGAGGUAUUGAUUGAAUCGAGAGUCCUGCAAAAUGAUAAUCAGGGAGCGCUCCAUCUGUUUAAAGAAAUGAAGGAUGCUAAAAUACCUAGAGGUGGUAAUCAGGAAUUCGAGAAGUUGGUUAGUGGAUGUGAAGGGGGUGGUGAAGCAGGGCUGAUGACGAAGCUCCUGAGGGAAAUCAACGAAGGACAUACAUUAAAUUCCGCAGUUCACGAUUGGAACAAUGUGAUUCAUUUUUUCUGCAAAAAACGAUUGAUGCAAGAUGCUGAGAAGGCCCUUAAGAAGAUGAGGAGUUUGGGGCAUACCCCAAAUGCUCAAACUUUUCAUUCGAUGGUAACUGGCUAUGCUGCUGUUGGGGGAAAAUACAUCGAGGUAACGGAGCUAUGGGGCGAAAUGAAAUCUAUCUUUGCAGCCACUGGAAUGAAAUUUGAUCAGGAACUCCUGGAUUCUGUGCUUUAUACAUUUGUUAGAGGAGGAUUUUUUGGCAGGGCAAAUGAAGUUGUGAGCAUGAUGGAGAACGCGAAAAUGUUCAUCGACAAGUACAAGUAUCGAACGCUGUUCUUGAAGUAUCAUAAAACACUUUACAAGGGAAAAUCUCCCAAAUUCCUGACACAGUCGCUACAAAUGAAAAGAGAUGCAGCAUUGAGCUUUAAGAAGUGGGUAGGUUUGAAUUAAGAACAAUCUUCUUAAUUGAUAUAGUUUUAGAUAAUGUCAAAUUUUUUGCCAAAGAAA